GUGGAAAAAAAACAGUACUCUUUUCCGGUUCGGGACACAGUUGAAGCCACGACGGAUCGGCUAACCGUUUGUGAGACUUGUACUACUGAGGCUCAGACUGUGCCUGGGGAGUUGAUGAGGCAUCUGGGGCAGGCUGCUGUUGUUGUGGGGUAUCCUGAGGUCACCCCAGCCCAGCCGUUGCCCCUUUCUCCCACAGGAUGACACGGCACGGCAAGAACUGCACUGCAGGGGCUGUCUAUACCUACCACGAGAAGAAGAAGGACACAGCGGCUUCAGGCUAUGGGACCCAGAACAUUCGACUGAGCCGGGAUGCUGUGAAGGACUUUGACUGCUGCUGUCUCUCGCUGCAGCCCUGUCAUGAUCCUGUGGUCACCCCAGAUGGCUACCUCUAUGAACGGGAGGCAAUUCUGGAGUACAUCCUACACCAGAAGAAAGAGAUUGCCCGGCAGAUGAAGGCCUAUGAAAAGCAGCGAGGAGCCCGCAGGGAAGAGCAGAGACAGCUCCAGCGAGCAGCAGCCGAGGACCAAGCUCGAGGCUUCCUGGAGAAGGAGGCAGCCAUCGUGAGCCGGCCCCUCAACCCCUUCAUGCCCAAGGCUGCCACCUUACCCAACACAGAUGGUGAGCAACCAGGGCCCAGCACGGGCCCCCCAGGGAAGGAGAAGGACAAAGUGCUGCCCAGCUUCUGGAUUCCCUCACUUACGCCCGAGGCAAAGGCCACGAAGCUGGAAAAACCAUCCCGCACCGUGACCUGCCCAAUGUCUGGGAAGCCACUACGCAUGUCAGACCUGACGCCGGUGCGCUUCACGCAGCUAGACGACUCCGUGGACCGCGUGGGGCUCAUCACACGCAGUGAGCGCUACGUGUGUGCAGUGACCCGAGACAGCUUGAGCAACGCCACGCCGUGUGCAGUGCUGCGGCCCUCUGGGGCUGUGGUCACUCUGGAGUGUGUGGAGAAACUGAUUCGAAAGGACAUGGUGGACCCCGUGAAUGGGGACACGCUGACAGAGCGCGACAUAAUCGUGCUGCAACGGGUGAGUUGCCAGUGCACACCUCAGCCCCUGCCCCCGCCUUGUACUUGGUGCGCCCCCGCCUUGUACUUGUUGCGCCCCCGCAGCGUCCUCCACCCUACCCUCCUCCCGCCACUUCCCUCUUCACACACGCUUGGGUCCCACAGCACCUUGUGUUUUUCUUUAGCUCCUCCACAUUUUCCUGUGCUUUCCUCCACCCUGGGACUUCUCCCCGCAGUCCCUCCUGUGUCCCAGGUCCCCUCCAUCCCCUGCUCUGAGACUUAUUUUUCCCUGGUCCACAUAGAAGCCUAACAGGCU